AUGCGUUUCAGCGCCAUCCUCCUCGCCUUUACCCUGGCCGCGCUCGUCGGUGCCGCGCCCGUUCCCAUCCUCGAUGCGCGACAGCUCGAGGGGGUGCAGGCCAGCGACCUCAGUGCCAUGACCGGUCAAGCCGCCAACGUUGGCGAUCUGGUUGCUCGGGCCGAGAGCAAGGACGAGGAGCCUCGCAAGCCUCACAGUCGCCCGCCGCAGAAUGAGCAGGAGUGGGACCAGGAUGGCAAGCCCACCUACCCUCGCAAGCCUCACAGCCGUCCGCCGCAGAACCAGCAGGAGUGGGACCAGGACGGCAAGCCUACCUACCCUCGCAAGCCUCACAGCCGUUCGCCGCAGAAUGAGCAGGAGUGGGACCAGGACGGCAAGCCUACCUACCCUCGCAAGCCUCACAGCCGUCCGCCUCAGAAUGCUGCAGAGUGGGAACAGGACGGCAAGCCCAAGAACCACGCUUAG